AUGCCCGGCCGCCUCAUCCUACGGCGCCCGUCCCCGACGACCGUCUCGUUCACCGUUUCAAACGCCUCAAGACAUACCAGUACGCCCGCAAAAGUUCUACUCUACCUGCAGGUUCUGCUGCGCGUGCUGAGCUUUUUCUGUGUGCUCUUACUCGAUGUCGCCAAACUCCGACACUCUUCUUACGUCCAAGAAGCGCGAUUGAUCCCCUGGGCAGCUGUAUGGACGACACCGGUGGGCGCCUCGGUUUGUCGCUACGCGGAUAGGUACAGCUACCCAGUUGUGGGGUUAGUCAGUGCAAUUGUGAUGUAUGGUGUUUUCAGAAAAGGAUACACAGAAGAGUCGCUCCUCGUUAUUCGCGGACUGGGCAUCCAGACUUCGACAUCCUCCAACACGUACUUGUCAAAAGCGUCUACGCGAUUCAUCCCCACCACACAGAUCCAGGAUAUUGUCAUUCAUGAAGCUUUUAAGGGAUUCGAGGUUCGCUUCUAUCUUGCUGUAAUUGUCGAAGAGGAGACCGAGGUCCUCGUGGUUUUCCCUAAUCUCCUUCCAAAUCGACAAAUCCUAGAAGAGGUCUGGAGAGGUUCGCGACGAUGUCUGUAUGAUUCCAAGUCAUAG